UUUCCAGCCGUCAGACCCUCAGCUGUUGCACUUGGUACUAUUUUCAGUCACGGCGCUUCUCUUGCCAUUCUAAAGCCAGUUUUUGGUGAUACAUAUCAUCAAGCUAUAGCUUCUGACUCUAAAGAGGAAUUUGCCAAGUCGAAUGAAGCUGUUUCGGCUGCUUCAGCUUGGGGUACAUCUCUAGUAGGAAGCGCACUUCAAUCAUAUGGUGUCAGUGCCCUUAUCAACGCAACUGGAACUUUGAGUUAUAAAGCUGCAGCAAGUCUGGGUGCCUUGAUCUUUGUUGCUUCUUCCGCUCCAUCGUUCAUGACUCAAAUCUUUACCGAAAAACGACCUAUUGAUACUAUAGCUGUCGGGGUAGUCACUCGAUUUUUUGAAACAAUUGGACUCUCAUUAUUCUUAACUUGGUGGGGAACUCGAACAAAUCGUAAGAUAUCAAUCUUUUAUAUGUUUAACAGAACUAAUGCCUAUAAGCUCUUGAGUAAAUCCUUUUCUGGUGAUAUUAUGCUUCAAAAAGAUUCUUUCAAAAUGAAUCGAUUGUUGAUGGGUUUCUAG